AGAGGGUCGGCGCGCCAUCUAGUUGGACACUCCAGUACAGUACACUCUUUUGUUGUCUUUCACAUUAUUUCCAUUAUUACCACUUAUUUCCAAACAAAACAAAAAACCAGAAAAUUAAAAAACAUUACAGUUUAAAUAAUUUUAAUUUCAUUUAUUAUUAUUAUUUAUCUGUCAACGAAUUUCCAAUUUAUUUAUUUUUCUAGUCCAUCAGAUCUCGCUCUUUUUUAUUCAUCUUCCUCCUCCUCCUCUUUGCUCGUCUCUCUUCCGCUUGGCUUGGCUUGGCUUCAGAUCGAAAACAAGCUUGCAAAUGGCUGUUUCACAAAACAAUCACGACAUGGACGAGGGACAACUAGAGGUCGGCAUGGAGUACAGAACUGUUUCUGGUGUGGCCGGACCUCUGGUUAUCCUUGAAAAAGUUAAGGGACCUAAGUUUCAGGAGAUUGUUAAUAUUCGUUUGGGAGAUGGAACAACUCGACGUGGUCAAGUCCUGGAGGUUGAUGGAGAGAAAGCUAUUGUUCAGGUUUUUGAAGGAACAUCUGGAAUUGACAACAAGUACACCACUGUGCAAUUUACAGGAGAGGUUUUGAAAACUCCAGUCUCACUGGACAUGCUUGGGCGCAUCUUUAAUGGUUCUGGGAAACCCAUUGAUAAUGGCCCCCCUAUUUUGCCUGAGGCUUACCUAGACAUAUCUGGGAGUUCUAUCAAUCCUAGUGAGAGAACAUAUCCUGAAGAGAUGAUACAGACUGGAAUUUCUACAAUUGAUGUCAUGAAUUCCAUUGCCAGAGGACAAAAAAUCCCACUUUUCUCUGCUGCUGGUCUUCCUCAUAACGAAAUAGCUGCUCAGAUAUGUCGCCAGGCUGGUUUGGUCAAGCGGUUGGAGAAAUCUGACAGUCUUCUUGACGCUGUGGAUGUGGAAGACGACAACUUUGCCAUUGUGUUUGCAGCUAUGGGUGUAAAUAUGGAGACAGCACAGUUUUUCAAACGUGAUUUUGAAGAAAAUGGUUCAAUGGAGAGAGUGACCCUUUUUCUGAAUCUGGCAAAUGACCCUACAAUUGAACGUAUUAUUACUCCUCGUAUUGCUCUUACUACUGCAGAAUAUUUGGCAUAUGAAUGUGGGAAGCAUGUUCUUGUCAUUCUCACAGAUAUGAGUUCUUAUGCUGAUGCUCUUCGUGAGGUAUCUGCUGCUCGAGAAGAAGUGCCUGGAAGGCGUGGAUAUCCAGGGUAUAUGUAUACUGAUCUGGCCCAAAUCUAUGAGCGUGCCGGACGAAUUGAAGGCAGAAAAGGCUCCAUUACCCAAAUUCCGAUUUUAACUAUGCCAAACGAUGAUAUUACACACCCCACUCCAGAUCUUACAGGAUAUAUUACUGAGGGACAGAUAUACAUUGACAGGCAGCUCUACAACAGACAGAUAUACCCGCCAAUCAAUGUUCUCCCAUCACUGUCUCGUCUGAUGAAGAGUGCUAUUGGUGAAGGGAUGACUCGCAGGGAUCAUUCUGAUGUAUCCAACCAGUUAUAUGCAAAUUAUGCUAUUGGGAAGGAUGUCCAGGCAAUGAAGGCUGUGGUUGGAGAAGAAGCACUUUCUUCGGAGGACCUGCUAUACCUGGAGUUCUUGGACAAAUUUGAGAAGAAGUUUGUGAGCCAAGGAGCCUAUGACACCCGUAAUAUCUUCCAGUCACUUGAUUUGGCAUGGACGUUGCUGCGGAUCUUCCCUCGUGAGCUUCUCCACCGUAUACCUGCAAAGACUCUUGAUCUGUUCUACAGCCGAGAUGCAGCUAAUUGAUGGGGUUGAUAUAUCCCGUUCUUCCAAGUUCUUCAACCUAAUUAGCUAUCGAUGAGCUCUGCAAUUUGUUUAUUGAUUCUCUCCCUAGGUUGAAUCUCUACUAUCCCGGCAUAUAUAAUAAAGGUUGUGCUCUGUUUGAGUCCCUAAAAGGUCUUGGCUAGUCCAAAUAUUCUUUCAAUGAGGACAUUUAGAGAUCUUGUAGCUUUUGUAUUUUCUUUUAUGAUUUGUUAGUUUGUCACCCAGUCGUGGUUUGGUCAUGCUUUUACUCUCUAGGAUCUAAAGAGCCCUUGCAGUAUAUAUUUGCUUGUUUGAAGACCUUAUUUAUUUUGUAAUGUCAUUUUUGGCGUUUUAUUGAUCUUAUUUUCAGAAUGUUCUGCCUUGUGUAUUUUGACAUCCGAACUUGCUCAAGUUUAUUGGAGAGUUUAUGUUUAAGUUAUAUCUCGAAAUAAAAUGAGUAUUUUGGUAUUCA